CUCAAUCUGGACCUCACACGCACACAUUACUCGCCUCACUCCAAGCGCCAACCUCCGUCCAUCCGCCUGCCGACUGCUCCUCACCCCUCCGAGUCACCCACUCAAUUGCCAGCCAGCCAGACCAGACAGCCUGCCAGCAAGCCAACCCAGACAGCCGGAUAGCGCCAUGGCUUCGUCGGCACAGCCGCCGCCGCCGUCGCAGCACGACAGCUCCUCGGCGGCCGACGUCCUCACCGCCAGCGGCAGCGGCGGCGCUUCCUCGUCGACCGGACCGCCCGCCGCCGCCGGGGCCGAGGUGCGCAACGAGGUUAAGAAGCCAAAGAAGAAAAAGGUGCUGCUCAUGGGCAAGUCGGGCUCCGGGAAGUCGAGCAUGCGCAGCAUCAUCUUUAGCAACUACAUAGCCCGCGACACACGUCGAUUGGGCGCCACCAUCGACAUCGACCUCUCGCACGUCAAGUUCCUCGGCAACCUGACGCUCAACCUCUGGGACUGCGGCGGGCAAGAGGCCUUUAUGGAAAACUACCUCUCGCAGCAGCGCGUGCACGUCUUCUCCAACGUCGGCGUCCUCAUCUACGUCUUCGACAUCGAGUCGCGCGACGUCGACCGCGACCUCGCCACCUACGUCUCCAUCCUCUCGGCCCUGCUGCAGUUCUCCCCCUCGGCCAACAUCUACGUCCUCAUCCACAAGAUGGACCUGGUCGUCCCCUCGGCCCGCGAGAGCGUCUACGACGAGCGCGUCCGCCUCGUCAAGCAGAAGACGGCCGAGUACGUCGCCUCGGUCGGCAGCGGGGACGUGGCCAGCAGCGCCGCCGCCGCCGACCUCACCCCCUUUGCCACCUCCAUCUGGGACCAGAGCCUCUACAAGGCCUGGGCCUCCAUCAUACACGACCUCGUCCCCAACCUGCCCGUCAUCGAGCGCAACCUCGCCAACCUCGGCGUCGCCAUCGAGGCCGAGGAGCUGCUGCUCUUUGAGCGCACCUCCUUCCUCGCCGUCUCCUCGUGGACCUCGCCCGAGGGCCACCGCAACCCCACCGAGGACCGCCUCGAGCGCAUGUCCAACAUCAUGAAGCACUUCAAGCAGAGCAUCUCGCGCUUCACCGGCACCCCCCGCAACGCCGAGCAGUUUAUCCGCAUGGAGCACAAGGCCGGCAUGCGCUUCAAUCUCUUCAUUCUCAAGUUCACCACCAACACCUACCUCAUGGUCGUCCUCCCGCCGGGAGAGGCCCGCUUCAACGCCGCCAUGCUCAACUGCCAAAUCGCCAUCGAGCACUUCAAGUUCCUCGACGGGCCCGUGUCCCAAGUGACGGGGGCUCCCGCUCCCGCAGCGGCGGCUUGAUACACGCCAUCGCGCCUUGUUCGGUUCUAGCAUUGAUUCUUUCAGUCGGGCGUUUGGCUUUAGCGAUACCUUGUUGUUGUGGUUAUAUAGUGUGUGGGGGGAGGGGGGCUCUGGAACAGAGCGAUCACGCUUGGGCACGACGUUACGACAAACAAGCACCUGUACAUGUCUGUGCCAUACAGCAACAUGUAGCUCAUGAUUACAGCAACUGGCAAUUGCCUGAUCUGGUUGCCAGGCUCUGUCUACGUGACCGUUUGCAUCCCUGGCCUUUCCCCUAAUCAUGCUUUCCCCUGUCUGUGCCGCCUAUCUAUGCCCACUUGACCACGGCUGUUCCGCCCUUCUUGAACUCGGGAACCUCUCCUAGCACCAGGUCCUUGUCCGUGUGGUC